AAUUUAUGUUGUUUGAUUAUAACGCAGAUCUAAAAAUCAGCAUACACAAUGAGUUCCUAUUCUCAUGCCGAUCCGAUUGCUUUAAGUUUCAAUGAGACCUGUUUAAGGACAUCUGAUGUUCAACUGUUAAGUGGUCCAUAUUGGUUAAAUGAUCAAAUAAUAUCAUUCUACUAUGAAUAUUUGGAACGAGUGAAAUAUAAAAACAAUCCCGAUUUAUUGUUUGUACCGCCCGAAGUAACACAAUGCAUGAAAUUUUCCGAUGAUGGCGAAUUGGAAACACUACUGAAUCAAUUGGAAGCUCCCAAGAAGCCAUUUAUAUUCUUUGUACUCAAUGACAAUGAGACUACGGAGGCAGGCGGUACACACUGGUCCCUGUUGGUUUUCUCACGGCCAGAAAAGACAUUUUUCCAUUUCGAUUCGUGGGGCAAUAACAAUUCAAAUGCCUCACAUCAGUUUGUGCAACGUAUCAAGGAUGCGCUGAAUUGUCGAAAUAGCCAUAUGAAGCCGAUACGUUGUCUACAACAGGCCAAUGGUUAUGACUGUGGAAUUCAUGUGAUCUGUAUGACGGAUAAUAUUGCCGACAACGUGAAUCGUUUUGAGUGUGUGGAAGGUGUGGGGCCAUUGCAUCAAGACACCAUCUCGGCCAAGCGUUCGGACCUUCUCAAGCUGAUACAGUCGCUGGGCGGCAAAAUCUAAUGUUGUUUUU